GGGGGGAGUUGCUGGUAUUUUGAGAGCUGUCACAUGCAGCUAGUACCUUUGCCUUUUUGGGAUGUGCUUUAGGUAUAACAGAUGAGUUGGGCCUUCUAUCGCCCCCUCCAGUUUGUAUUUUUUAUAUUUCCCACUUUAGGCGAUGGUCCUGACUUUCUGGCAGAUAUACAUGUAAGGGGCUUGUAUCAAAACAGCUUAAAAAGCCAGAUACUGAAGCUUUCCCUCUUCAUACUGUGUGCCACCAUCUUGGAGCUCAAGCAUUCUCAUAGCCUGUGACAGAAGCAGUGCACACUCACAGAUCGGCAAUACUGGCCAUUUUUUUUACAGCAGUAUCAUUUGCUUGGACAUAAACUUAAAUCGUCUCAGAAGGACAAGGUGCGCCAGUUUAUGGCAUUUACCCAGGCUGGGGAAAGGACUGCAAUUUACUGUUUAACACAGAAUGACUGGAAAUUAGAACUGGCAACAGAUAACUACUUUCAGAACUCAACCUUGUACUGCAAAGAAUCAAUGAAAAGUACAGUAGACAAAAAGAAACUAGAGCACUUGUAUAACCGGUACAAAGAUCCUCAAGAUGAAAACAAGAUAGGAAUAGAUGGAAUCCAAUUAUUUUGUGAUGAUUUACACUUGGACCCUGCCAGUACUAGUGUAUUGGUUAUCGCAUGGAAGUUUAGAGCUGCCACACAAUGUGAAUUCAGCAAAAAAGAGUUUAUUGAUGGAAUGACAGAUCUUGGGUGUGACAGCACAGAAAAGUUAAGGGCUUUGCUGCCUCGAUUAGAACAAGAGCUAAAAGACACACUGAAAUUCAAAGAUUUUUAUCAGUUUACAUUUAAUUUUGCAAAGAAUCCUGGUCAAAAGGGUCUAGAUCUGGAUAUGGCAAUUGCAUACUGGAAUUUAGUAUUGUCUGGAAGGUUCAAAUUUUUAGAUCUCUGGAAUAAGUUUUUGCUGGAACAUCACAAAAGGUCAAUUCCAAAAGAUACAUGGAAUCUGCUGUUGGAUUUUGGAAAUAUUAUUGCAGAUGAUAUGUCCAACUAUGAUGAAGAAGGAGCCUGGCCUGUUCUUAUAGAUGAUUUUGUGGAGUAUGCAAGACCAUUAGUCACAGGGGGAAAACGUAAACCUCUUUAACCAUAGACUUUUGAAAAGGACUAGUGAUGCUUAUGCCAUUUCAUUAGAUAAUGGACACUGUAUUUGGCCAAUUACAGAGAAGACCGUGUGACUGAUUCACCGGGACAUGCAGAAUGGCAGUCUGAAAUCUGCUUGAAAACAUGGUGGACAGCUCUUGGACAGGACCGGGAGAAGCCCUAAACAGAGCAAUGGUGUUUGUAGGACGCUGGCUUCAUAUCUUACGUUGGUUGUAUCAUAUAGGAUGUAGAGAUUGCAUGAUUUUAUACUUUGAAGCAGUAAAAAUAGAGGCCAUUUUAUUAAUAAAAAGUAUAUGGAAAAAAAUAAUUUAAAGAGCAUGCCAUUCAGUUUAUGAGCCAGAAUACACACCAGCAGUUACUUAACAGCUGUAUUAUAUUGUAUCUAUAUAAAAGCAGUAUUUGUGGUAUAAAUUAAAUCUCUACUGGAACCUUAAUUGGCAUGUUGUAUUUUUUAUCACUAGCUCUUUGAUACAAUUAUGAAAAUAAUAUGGAAACAGCCAGGUAAUUCUCAUACAAAGGCAACAGUUAUCAGCAGGUGCGCUUAGUCUGAGAUUCUGGCUCAAAACCAGCCCCUGCUCUUUGUGAUAUUAGCAUCCUCUUAUUUGCCUGACAGUCAGGCACAGGUGAGGUUGUAAACUCCACGUAGCAGGCUUUUAUUGUUACUAUGUAAAUUAAAAUAAAUUAUAGUAUUAUUUAGCCUUAAUGUACAGCUCUUGCUUUGGAUUUCAUUUGAAUGGAUAUUUAAUUAAAAUGUUUUAACAUUCUAA